AAUUUAUUGUACAUAUAUAAAUAUAUAUAUGAGAGGUAAUUUUAAAGAAUUUUAAAAGUGAUUUAUAGAAAAAUAUAUUUAGAUAAUUAAGAGACUAUUGUUCGGAAAUUAAAAUUGUUGCUUAAGGAGAGUAUCAUUUGUAGAAGAUAGGAACAACAGGUUGAUUGCGGGAGACUUUAUUAGUUAAAGUAAUGUGUUACGGCAAAUAUGAAAUAACUACUGAUUAUUUGAUCAAUUGCCGAUAUGUCGCUGUAGUCGUCAACAAGGUACUUACAAGCCGCGGGUAGAAAGACGAGGAUACAGAUGGUAUGCGGACGCCUGCGCAAGAAAACGGCGGCUUGUCUAGUUAGGUUUUGCCAACAAUUUUCCAUUUUCAGUUAUCGAUGGAAAAGGCCGCCCGUCGCUUCGAAAGCGGUUCAUUGUUGAAAAUCGUGUGUAUGCGUCAAGCGUCGCAGUGUUCGCGUUCUCUUUACUUCUGAAACGAAAUUUAAUAAUAAGUAGCGUGCAACUGCCUUUCAUUCUUAUAAAUACAACGAAUUUGAAGAAAACUCGCUAGACUUUUUUUCUUCUCAAAAUAGCGACGAGAAAAAAUUAAUCCGCAAGAUUUGUUAGAUGUGCUCUUAGUUUUCGAUUGAAUUUUCUGGUGACUGUCCGUCGUCGAGAAAAUUUUUCCGAUCUUUUUCGAUUACAAUUCAUUUCGGUUACACCGUACAACUAUUACAACUUGUAAUUAUCAACCACUGAUCGUUCAACUGUGAUCUUUCGCCUCCUCUCGUCCAAUAGCAAUUUAUAAUUUUUUCUAUGCUGUGAGAUAGACUAACAAAAUCGAACAUACAAGUGAGGAUUAACGCUCCAGAUCGUCAACAGGUGGUCCGAAAGAAUAUUUCAACGAACAUACACAAGUAGUUGAUGUUGUAACGGAACGGUUGUUAAAAAACUUAAUAACUUAAUGCUUGUCGCUCAUCCUCGUACGGAAAUUCUGUACUCUACACUGAUAUCGUUAGCUCUGCGAAGCGUUUUGAGAAAAUGUACAAAGCUGGUUGAAAUAAAAUUGCCAAUCAACUGGACGAGUAACUGUAAAUGAUUUCGAGUAUUCGAAAAAAGAGAAAAGGAGAAGUGUGCGCGGCCGGAGCACGAGAUGAGAAAGUGUUGGUUCGUUCGUUUGGUAGUGAAACGAUUUUGAAAAAUUGCUUUGUCAACUGGAAGUUUCGAGCGAAAAAAGUUUUAUGUGGCUGGCUACGAUCGAAGGACGAUCACGCAAUACCGUUCUAUUUUCGGGAAAUGUUUUUCACUCGGCAACCUCGAGGAACACCAGAUUUCACUAUUUUUAAGAUAGUUGAUUCGAUUUGAUCGAACCGGAAGUGAGAAGUUGCAAGUUCUCUUAUUCGAGAGUCGAGCCGCGUGUGACAUCGCCAGGACGGUUUUUGUUACAGCAUAUCAUAUCUCGUGCGAGAUACAUUUCCUCUGUUUAUGUUUACUCAAAAACAGAUACGUGUUCUGCAGGAAUUAGUCCAGUGCCAGAAUUGUAGCUAUUGUUACAGACGGAACGAUUUGUUUUUAAAACAAUAAAGGAAAGACUUUGAUCAUCCUUGACAAGUCGAUUAAUCACUUCAUCCGCAGUUAAUUCUGUUCUAUUUGUUGCUACAAGAUUUGCAUUCGCUUUAAGUGCAUUUACGAUAAUGGAAUAGAGAUGUUUUUAGUUCCGAGCUAAAGUAACUGUUGGUCGAUUGGAGAGGAAAAACGUUUUAAAAGAAGUAGCGGAAAGAAAGCUAUUGGAAAAGAAAAUCCGAUUAAAGUAAAGAGGAAAAUAUCGAGAAAUGGAUAAUGCCACAAUUCCAUCGGAUUAUAAUAGGAGCGUAAACGUCUGGUCGAAUAACAGCAAUAUUACUGGCAACCGUCUGUCCAUAGAAAUGGAUGUAAUCUCGAACGGUGUAAUACAAUUGAUUUUUUAUAUAUUUUAUGGGAAUAUUUUCGCAUUGGGCGUGUUCGGUAACGUGUUGGUGUGCUUCGUGGUAGCACGGAAUCCUCGGAUGCAAACGGUAACGAAUCUGUUUAUCACGAAUCUGGCAUUGAGCGAUGUGCUACUCUGCGUCCUGGCAGUGCCGUUCACCCCUUUGUACACGUUCCUCGGUGGUUGGAUAUUUGGUAGAACCCUCUGCCAUUUAGUGCCGUACGCUCAGGGUGUCAGCGUGUACAUCAGCACGUUGACAUUGACAAGCAUUGCGAUCGACAGAUUCAUGGUGAUCAUAUACCCGUUCCAUCCGCGGAUGAAAAUUGAAGUUUGUCUGGGCGUAAUCGUUGGUAUCUGGAUAGUCGCACUGCUGGUCACUUUGCCUUACGGGCUUUACAUGCAUCUGGAGGAGCCGUAUACUUAUUGCGAAGAACAUUGGCCGAACGAGCGAUUGCGCAAAAUUUUCAGCUCCGUGACAACAGUAUUGCAGUUCGUCGUACCCUUCUUUGUGAUCGCCUUUUGCUACACCUGCGUCUCGGUCAGGUUGAACGAUCGGGCUAGAGCGAAGCCGGGUAGCAAAACUAGCAGAAGGGAGGAGGCUGAUAGAGAAAGAAAGAAACGAACGAAUCGUAUGCUGAUCGCUAUGGUCACCGUGUUCGGGAUAUCUUGGCUACCGUUGAACAUCGUUAACGUUAUCGACGAUUUUUACUCGCCGGCGAACGAUUGGUCCUACUACAGGCUCUGCUUCUUCAUGACGCACUGUCUCGCUAUGAGCAGCACUUGCUACAAUACCUUCCUUUACGCUUGGCUCAACGAUAACUUCCGGAAAGAAUUUAAACAAGUGCUUCCAUGUUUCUCGAAAUUAACCGACGGACAAGUUCCCAGAACGACCCAAGAAGGACUUAAAAAUAAUAAAGAGUGUAACGGAAAUAACACUCUCCAGGAAUCCUUGAUACCGAACGAAAUCCGAGCAAGAAACUCGAAUCCAGAAGGCUGCGAAUUGAUAGUCUUCGACGCGACCAUAAGCAACGCGUCCAAGGAUUUAGAGGAAACAGAAGCUCCACGUUCUCACGAAUCUGAUUAUGAGUCACGAAUCGAUUAAUCGGUACACUAGAAGAUGAGGAGAGGCUUAAAAUAAUUGGCUAUAGAUGUACAAAAAGAAGAUGUAUUGUUGUAUAUGUGUUAUAAAAAUAACUGUUUCCUCUACGAGGCUGAAGACUUCUACAACGAGUACAGAUGAUUCGUAUCAAUUACUGUACAAAUAAAGCGAGCAGCGGUGGGGACGACGACAAAUUAUGAAAAAAAGCAUAUGUAUAAUUAAAUUUCGAGUUAAGAAUUGGUCAGUUGGAAUUUGUUAUAAACAAUGUUAUGUCAAAAAAAUAAAGAAAUAAAAAGAGGAAUUUGCUCAAUUU